AUGCUCUCCUCAACACCCGCGCGACAGCGCACCUCAAUAUCCCAAUCUCGUCCCCCACCAAGCGCGCGCUCUCGAACAACGCAGAAUCGAACAAGCGCACAGGUGCCGGAAAUUCCUGAGUACCAGCCUCCCGAAUCGAUCAUUUCAAUCGAAGACCAGCGACAACUCCGCGCCAUCCUUGACAGGCAAUAUCUCGAAGUUGCCAAGAGGCACAUUCACGAUGCGGGCAUGCAAAUCACCUAUUCGGCAGGUGAAGUGAGUGAUCGGCUCCGAGACGCGCAAACGAGAUAUCAAAGAUUAAAAGAAAAGCGCCGCAAUCUUGAACAAGGGCAGGAAGUGGAUACGAGCAAUGAAGAUGCGGCCUACCAGCGGCUUGCGGAGCAGGAGCAGAAAGUCGGCGAGAUCAUGGAUCGCCUGGAGGAGAGAAUGCGACACAUGGUCGAUAGUGAUAUGAAGCUUGUCCGGAUGACGGAAGCGGUGAAAGAGAUUGAUAAGGAGGAGACGCAGGCGCAGCAUGUCAUUUUGGGGACGCGGCAGAUGCGCAGCCGACAGCGUGCUGGGCGCUUCCAUGCUGCUUCUGAUGAUGAGGACGGCGAGGAGCAAGCUGAGGACCCGGCGAGAGAGCCGACACCUGUACGAGAGGUCCGGGAGAAAAAUGCGCAAAAUCCACCUAGUCAAAGGCUGAACGCCUCGCUGGCGGAAGGACAGCGGAAAUGGGAGGAGCUCUCAUUGACUCAACGAUACGCUAAUAACAAUGACUACACUGGAUUCUACCGGGUGGUGCACGACUCCAAAUACCCCAAUGACGAAGCACCUCCCCUCCCACACUCGUCCACCUGGUUCUCGCACAUGGAAGACCCCGAUUCGGCAGCUGGCGGUGCCAAUGGUUCUUCUUCGACACGACGAACACGGAAUCAGCGCCAGCCAUCCCCCGCAAAUUCCGACGACAUCGCCAUUGAAAGUGAGAAGAUCUCCAUCACCUGUCCCAUCACGCUUGUCCGGUUCAAGGACCCCGUGAUCAGCAAAUGCAAGCAUAACUUCGAACGUGAAGCCAUCAUGGAAAUGAUUUCACGGUCUCGGCCCUUGCCUGGUGGACGAGCACGUGUCAAGGCCGUCAAAUGUCCCGUCUGUGGGACUCCCCUCACGGCGGACGACUUGGACUUUGACCGGGCCAUGAAGCGUCGGGUGAUGCGUGCUGAGGAAAGAGAUGCGCGACGAGCAGGGGAAAGUGACUCUGAGAACGACGAUGAUGCUGAUCGGCCAUCGAAGCGGAACCGGAUCACUUUAGCCAGUGAUGCGGUGGAUCCCGAGGACGCGAUGGACGUGGAUCGGCCAGCGGGUACGCAAAUCAAAGCAGAGCCGGGGAUUGUCAAAAGGGAAAGAGGACAGACGCAGCAAUCGGAUAUGAGUGAGGAGGAGAAUGAGGACGAGGACGAAGAAGAAGAAGAGGAGGAGGAGGAGGAUGAAGACGAAGAUGGAGAUGAGGAUGAAUCGGAAGAAACUCAGGACAGUGAGUGA